UUUGCAUUUUGUGACUACGUGUUAUUGUUACCUCUGUCACGGUACCCGAGAGGACGGCUGUCUUACGAGAUUACAAACCAACGAAGUCGCAGUUGCGGUAUGUUGACCAACGCAUGCCUGGUGUUACUCGCCCUUCUGCCUCUCGUGGCGCGGUCAAACGAAAUUAAACCCUGCCCUGGAGACACUAGAGGAGACAGGCGCUGCAAUCACGAUCCGACUCAUCGAGUUUGUGCCAAGAUAGGAGUUACAGGCACAUCUUUCUGGGAAUUUACAGGACAAAGAUCUUGGUGUGGCUCAGUGAGUAACUACGGUGAUCAAAAUGAUGGAAAGCUGAGAUGUCCUCCUGAGAAUCCAACUUGGUGCAUUUGUAAGUGGGCCACUGCAAAAUGGAUCAAAGGAGAGGGUUGCAAUGAACGCAUUCAGUUUGACUGCGAGGCUACCGAUGUAUGUAACUUGAAGGCUUCCUACUUCGAUGGUGACGUCGAUUUGAAGCCUGCUCAUGAUUGUAUGAUGCAGAAGUGCAAGGAGCAGUGGGAUGCUUGUCCGGAAAGUGAACCCCAGGCCAGGUCCUUUCACACUCGAGACUUUCUAGAAGCUAGAAAUCUACAAUUUUAGACAUUGGGUUAACUGGAGAUGAGAUGCGCAGGAGAUAUUUGUCAAUAGCUUAGUGUAGAGAUGUCAUGGAGUAGGACUGCAAUUUGGAUUUCAAUGAGCACUGUGCUUACGGGUGUGUUAUUUUAAUAAAUGUGAGUGUUUCAAAACAUAACUGA